AGAGCGCGGAUCAUAAUGCUAAACAGGUUCAUUGGUUUAUCAACCACGAUCGUGGGUCGCAGCAGUCGCAGCGGCUUUCUGUCCUCGUCGUCGCUCUUAAAAGCCGGGGGCAGCAGGAAUCAGAAGCAGAACCGCACCAUGUCCAGUGGCAAGGCUUUCAAGGUCCUGGUUACCCAUCCCGAGGUUCCCCAGGAGGGCAUCGAUAUCCUGAAGCAGAACUGCGAGGUCAUCCAAGUGCAGAGCGUUCCCGUUGACAGGGCCGAGCUCUUGCGUAAAAUCAGUGGAGUCGAUGGUGUCCUCUGGGGUGGUCAUCAACCCCUCAAUGCUGAGGCCUUGGAUGCUGCCGGUCCCCAGCUGAAAUCCAUCUCCACCAUGUCGGCAGGCAUCGAUUAUGUGGAUGUCCCCGAGCUGAAGAAGCGCAAGAUCCCGCUGGGACACACUCCCACCGUUCUUAAUACUGCGGUGGCUGACUUGGCUGUGGGCCUCCUCAUUGCCGCCGGUCGUCGCUUCCACGAGGGACGCAAGAAGAUCGAUAAUGACCAGUGGGAGAACUACCAUCUGAACUGGCUUUUAGGCCAGGACAUUCGUGACUCCACCGUGGGCUUCUACGGCUUCGGAGGCAUUGGCCAGGCCAUUGCCAAGCGCCUGUCCGGCUUUGACAUCGACCGCGUGCUGUACACCACCCGCCGACGCGUGCACAAGGAGAUCGAGGAGGAGUUCAACGCCAAGAAGGUGGACUUUGACACUCUGCUGGCGGAGAGUGACUUCAUUGUGAUCGCCUCCCCCUUGACCAAGGACACUCAGGGAGUGUUCAAUGCCACCGCCUUCAACAAGAUGAAGGAGACUGCAGUGCUGGUCAACAUUGGCCGGGGCAAAAUUGUCAACCAGGAUGACCUCUAUGAGGCUCUCAAGUCGAACAGAAUCUUCUCCGCUGGCCUGGACGUUGUGGAUCCAGAGCCCCUGUCGCCCAAGGACAAGCUGCUGACGCUGGACAAUGUUGUUGUCCUGCCCCACAUUGGCUCUGCCACGAAGCGAACUCGCGCCGAAAUGGCCACCAUUGCCGCCCACAAUGUGCUCCGCGGACUGGUCGGCGAGCCCAUGCUGUCGCCCGCCUACUAGGAAUUUCAAAUCGGACUUAAAUGGAAAUACGGGCAACUAGCGGAGUGUGAAAUGCAUUCUGAGUGGCCUUGGCAUUAUUGUAGAUGUGAAAAUAAAAAAUUAUAAUUAAAAAUAA